AUGGCGUGGAUGAAGUCAACAGCGAUGAUGAUUUGGCGAUUACUGAUGAAUAAAACAGGCGACAUGAAAUGCGUAUCAGAUACGGAAGAGGCGCAUGGAUGCGGAUGGAGCUGGUUUUCACCUAAAGCGCUCCGUCGAUUAGCUGUAUUCAAUGUGUUCAUGUUUGUUCUGUCAAUAAAUGCCAUUAUUCAAGGAAUGAUGGUUAAUGGCUUCAUUUCUACGAGUAUUUCAAGUAUUGAAAAGAGGUUUAACCUAUCUUCAACAAAAUCGGGUAUCUUCUCGGCUACGUACGACGUUGCCGUUGCCAUAAUGCUCAUUCCACUGUCGUACUGUGCUCAUAGAGGUAAGGAAUAA